UUCUUUAGGGAGAUUCGCGCUGGAUUGACAACUUUUGCGACAAUGGCAUACAUCAUUGCUGUCAAUGCCUCGAUCCUCUCUCAGACUGGUGGAACUUGCGCCUGCAGUCUGACAGAUAAAUUCCAAUGCGAUACUAUCCCCGACUAUGUGGACUGUAAAGAAGGCAUGUUUGAUCUUGUUCGCAGAGACCUGAUUACUGCUACAGCAGCUCUGGCCGGCAUCUCGUCUUUGUGUUUUGGCUUGUUUACCAACCUUCCCGUUGCUCUUGCUCCAGGAAUGGGUCUCAACGCCUAUUUUGCUUAUCAGGUUGUUGGCAGCAAUGGUAGCGGUGCCAUCUCCUAUCGCACCGCUCUGACUGCCGUCUUCUUUGAAGGUCUUAUAUUCAUGUUCCUCGCCCUCACAGGGAUGCGCCAGUGGCUCGUCAGGCUCAUCCCUGCCACCAUCAAGACCGCUACUGGUGUUGGAAUUGGCUUCUUCCUCACAGAAAUCGGACUUUCUUACUCGUCUGGUAUUGGCGCCAUCACGGGUGGCGGUAUAUCGACGCCUCUUAGCUUGGGCGGUUGCCCAUCUGAUAUGAUUAAUGCAGUGACAGGAGCAUGCAAUGGAGGCCAGAUGACAAACCCAACUGUGACCAUUUUACUGACCUUUGCAUUUCAUCACAGCCGCAACACUCCUGUCACUUAUUUCCCCGACACGCCAGAGGGCGACUCUCGCUUCUCCUUUUUCAAACAAAUCGUCGCAUGGCACCCUCUAUCCAAGACGCUCAACCAGCUUGAUUGGAACCUCGACACCACUAGCACUACGCACUUUGUUCUUGCUCUCUUCACGUUCCUCUACGUCGACAUAAUCGACGCCACUGCUACACUAUACUCCAUGGUCCGUUUCUGCGGCGUUGUCAAUCCCAAAGACGGCGACUUCCCCCGCUCAACCAUUGCAUACUGCACCGACGCGGCAUUCAUAUCCAUCGGAUCUCUGUUUGGAUGCUCUCCCGUUACGGCAUUCAUCGAAAGCGGCGCGGGCAUUGCGGAGGGUGGACGUACCGGCCUCACGGCUGUGGUUGCGGGACUAUGCUUUAUCGUCUCGAUAUUCUUUGCUCCUAUAUUUGCUUCUAUUCCGCCGUGGGCUACGGGAUGUACGCUCAUUUUGGUUGGAUGCAUGAUGAUUCGGCAGAUCACUCAGGUUAAUUGGCGUUACAUUGGUGACGUCCUGCCUUCUUUUGUCGUCAUGACGUUUAUUCCGUUUAGCUACAGCGUUGCCUACGGCCUCAUUGCUGGUCUUUUUGUCUAUACUACCCUCAACGGCCUCAUUGGCCUCGUGGUCUUCCUUUCCAGCAAUCGCAUUGAACCCCGUGAAUACGAUCUCAAAGAGUACUGGACCUGGAGAGGCUCUGGCCGUGCACCGUGGUUCGUCCGAGCUAUGAGAAAGGGCGACGGUCACGAUUCACCUUCUUCAGGAGACAACCACAAUAACAACGGUAACACAACUGCCACUUCUUCUGUUCCUAGCGAGGAGGAGAGGCAGCGGGGAUUCAAUAUCCAGCACGAUUGUGACAAUCUUUGCACCAAGGGUGAUUCUGGGACGACAGAAGAUCAUUCUAGGAUGCAUUUUUGUCAGGAUGAAGAUUAUGAUUAUCAUCGGUCUUCGCCUUUGAGGGGUAUAGCUCGUUGAAUUGCGUAUUCGCUCAUUCCUCUCUCGCAGGGCAUGCUUGAAUGACUUUGUUUCUCUUGACGGGUCAAGAAUACGCAGUAACGUGGACAUGAACGAAUAAUGGGGGGAUAUGAAGAUGGCUAAUGUGGACAAUGGCGUCGCAUAUCCGGAUUUGCUUACUUGGUGUCUGAAGCCGAAUGCUUUGUGUAGGUGAGAGCUCGCUGUUGAUCGGAACCGGUAGUUAACUUUCCACAUACAUACCAUAUGCACAGAAAUGAGAUUUUCUCUUCAAUCGCUCUCCAUCUCAGAUCUCGUGUAUCAUGCAUGUAUCGUUCCCGCAAUGGAUAGUAUGUCAAAUAAUAAAA